AUGGGUCGUUUUAGCGGAAUCCCAUGGGCACUGAUUUUCUUCAUUAUUCAGACCAUUACGCUUUUAUUUGUCGUCCUAGCGGGUUUUCUCGAUGUUCUGCAGUCCUUGCACUCCAUCGGCUGCUACACGGCGUGGGGCUACGUGGAGCACUGUGCUCCGCCGGCGACGCACGCGUAUGCCGAGUGCCCCGAGAUGCGGCCUACCAUGUGCGCAGCCUCUGCCUUUGCGCUCAUCAGCCUCUUCCUUGCCACUGUCAGCUGCGUCCUAGGCGGGUUGAGGAUGCUCGCCUGCAUAGUCUUGAAGCCGUGGGGCACUCUCACUCUGAGCGGCGCCAUUGCCCUCACCCUGCUUGUGUCCUGGGCCUGCAUCGCCGGUGUGCAAACGAAACUUUGUGGACGCACACACGACGGUGCUUUUGAGCCAACUUACGAGUACGCCGCUGGAUUUCGCCUUUUGUUGCUUGGGUGGAUUAUGCAGGUUCUUGCGACGGGGGUGGCAGCUCUCAUGGUCUUCAUGUAA